AUGCCAGAUAAUACCCGAGAUGAAGCUCCUGCCACUGGAGGCAGAAGAUCGUCUAGACCGAUGCCAUUGCCAGGCUCCCGAGGAGCUCCUAACUUUGACAAGGAAAAACCCAUUGAGCUGUUAAGAUUCAUUGACCAAAUGGAGGACUUGUUCACAGAGCAUGGUAUCGAUGAUGAUCAAGAAAAGAAGAAACAGUUAGGAAGGUAUACAGACCAAAUGACGGAAUUUGAAUGGUUUCCGAGCAGAACAAAAAUUACUCUUGGUGCCACCUGCCUUGGAUGUCUAAGGGAUAGUUUCCAAGGACAAGUGGAAGGAAGUCUCAAUAUUAAGCUUUCCCGAGAUAAAGGAAAAGCUGUCGAUGGAAAAGAACACCGUCCAGAGGAUCCAUAUGCUAUCCUAGAUGUAAUUGAAAUGGCUGAGACUAUUGCAGGACGUGCACAAGGGAUAAGCUCUUCAAGUGAUACCUGGGUUGGUGUCAAUGCGACAGAAACACGGACGACACGAGGGCAUCACACGCAUACUACGCCAGUACAUAGUGUUAAGCUAGAAGAUGAUAUCCGAGAAUUAAACCAGAAAGUUGCGUUACUCAUGGAUAAAAUUACAUCGAGUGAAAAAGCACAAAUGAGUGCCUUCCAAGCAUCAAGACAAGAAAUGAACAAAUUAACUGAGACGUUAAUGACCCAGCAUGUUACCUCAGCACCCACCAUGAGGCAGACACAGCCUACUUGGAGAAUGGGUUCAGACGGAUGCUGGUACUGUGAAGAAACAGGGCAUUUCGCGAUGAAUUGUCCAUAG